AGUUUUUCAAGUCUCCGGGGCGGGCUCCUGCCAUGCUGCUGGUCCGCUACAGGAAGGUGGUCAUCCUCAGAUACCGCUCAGUAGGGAAGACAUCUUUGGCGCAUCAGUUUGUGGAAGGCAAGUUCUUGGAAGGCUAUGACCCCACAGUGGAGAAUACUUACAGCAAGAUAGUGACUCUUGGCAAAGAUGAGUUUCACCUACACCUGGUGGAUACAGCAGGGCAGGACGAGUACAGUAUUCUGCCCUAUUCAUUCAUCAUUGGGGUCCAUGGUUAUGUGCUUGUGUAUUCUGUCACCUCUCUGCAUAGCUUCCAAGUAAUUGAGAGUCUGUACCAAAAGCUACACCAAGGCCACGGCAAAACCCGGCUGCCAGUGGUGCUAGUGGGGAACAAGGCAGAUCUCUCUCUGGACAGAGAGGUUCAGGCAGUUGAAGGGAAGAGGCUGGCAGAGUCCUGGGGUGCAACAUUUAUGGAGUCAUCUGCUCAAGAGAAUCAGGUGACUCAAGACAUCUUCACCAAAGUUAUCCAGGAGAUUGCCCGCGUGGAGAAUUCCUAUGGACAAGAACGUCGCUGCUAUGUCAUGUGAGCCCUUGGGUGCUGGAUAUCUGCCUUGUUUCUAUCCCUGGCACUUGCCAGGCUCCAAAUGGGGGCAAGCCCUCCAGACUUCACCGGUAUGGAUGCCAACUGUGUUAUUGACCCUCUGGGCACACAGUUUGGCAUCCUCAAGUUUGCACACUUUCCCAAGGCUUCAGUGGCCUGGUUGUUAAUGUUUACAAAGGGGCAAGGAUGUCUCAUGGGCACUGGCCUCUAGCCCUCUGUUUUUGCUAAAUGAGUUCUGUUGGAACCUGUGGGCAUUUUUUAUCCAGGGACAUUCCUCCUGUGUAGCUUUUGGGUUUUGGUUGGAAAAGGGGAGCUGGGGACUUCUGAAGUAGAGCUGGCUCCCUGGCGUGAUAGUGUAUAUAUGCAAAUAAACUGAUAAAUCUUUAAAAAAAAAAAAGAAGUAUCAUUGCAUCACAGCUCACAGCAACC